GAUCAAGUAACAACGUUCACAAUACAGACUCAGAUAGAUAUACUUCCUCGUUAAUUUGUUUUUCAGAGAAUGCAAAUUUCAUGACGACUCGUGAUAUUUAGUAUUGAACCGGAUUAUACAAACAAUCUCGCAUAAGAUGUGUGUAUUUGUGUAAUUUUCUGUCACAGUGGUGGAAAGCAGGAUCAUUUCUAUUUCAACGUCACUUACAACAACUUAAAGCUUAAUUAUUAGAAGAACUAUUGAACGAAGGAAUACAUUUAAACUUACAUUGUUAUCGUGCACCAUUGCCUAUCUAUAUUUACAAAGGAACAUUUACAUUUGUAGCCGUGUAAUAACAUAGCAUAUGAAAAAUAUUACACGAAUCUGAUUGCGACUUAGUGCAUAAGUUCUUUCUUCAUAGUACAAACCAGUAUAGAUUUUAGUGGCAUAUUAUGAUGAACAAUGUCUGGCUGUUGUUGUAGUGAUGUUACGGAAGAGGAGCAGUCGUUAAAUCCAAGUAGUCAUACUGAUGAAAGACAACCCGUUAGGAAACAGCCGAUGUCACAGAAGUAUAUCACCGGGAAACAUGAAACGAGAAAUCACGAAUCACAUGAACUUAGCACGCUGAAAGAUAGGAAGGAUAUAUUAACAAAACAGUUACAAGAUCUACAGUCACGUUCAAACAAACAAAACGAAAGAUAUAAAAAGGAAAUAGAUAGACGUGAUUUAGAAAUCAGUGAACUGAAAAAGGAGGCAGAAAACCUUAAACGUAAAAAUAAUGAGCUUCUUACAAGGUUAAGUGCUGCAGCAAGCGCAAAACUUACUGAUGAAAAUCCAAACAUAGCAGAUUUGAGCGACAUGAACCGACCAACAAAGAUAUCAGAGCAAUUUGCAGAGAUAUAUGAUAACGAGUGGACCGAUGCAUUUGAAGCACUAACGAAUACAGAGGAAGGAAACAAACCGGAAGAAGAGGCAUGUAAGUCCUUGCUCCAUAUACUGACGACAAUAUAUUCCAAAUGUUAUGAAAAGUCAAAAGAAGGUCUGCAGGAAAUGACGAAAUCACUAGUAUCUUUCAACGGGAUGGACAUACCUUCAAAAGAACUUUUGAAGAUGUUGAAAGAUGACAGAAAAAAGAACUAUAGCUAUACGAUAAAUAAACUUAGAGAGGAGAUAGCAUCCUCUCUACAAGACAUAAUCAAGGAGCAAGAUGAAUUUUUCAUCCCAAAAUUCAUUGAAAAAUGCACAACGGUGUGUUGGCUGAUGGCCAUUCAGGAUCCACCAGUAUCUAUGGAUGUUGAGACGGACCGGCAUGAUGAAGAAUUAGAUACAGAUAAAUACAAACAUUAUACACAAUCUGGAAGAGUCAUCGAUUACAUAGUUUGGCCUGUAUUAUAUCUAUAUGAAGGAGGAAAUAUUCUGAACAAAGGUAUUGCUCAGGGAAAGAAGAGUGAAAAAAAUGAUGUCAUUAUUACUCAUUUCUGAAACUGUAUCCUUCAGACUUUCGUGGUCGGUUUAAGAAUUGCAAUGCACAAAAUACGUACUCAAGUGCUCACGCUUAUGAACAUUUAGGUAGCUGCAAGUAUAUAUUGCGGCAUGCUGAAUAUCUAAACAUAAUAAAUAAAUUGCCAGAAAACGUUCCUUGACUUCUAAGACUUCUCUAUAUUAUAUCUUUAUUAUAUAUGAGGGAGAAAACAUUUCAAACAUAGGUAUUGAAUAAAGGAGGUUGAUUUCAAUUAUUAUGUAACACAGCAGAAAGAGCAAUAUUGUGAAGUGUCAUUGUAAUAAAUUGUGUUCACUUA